AUGGGUCCCCAACCUGGUCUGUCGUCGGCUCGUGGCGGCUCUCAGCCUGGUCUCAGCAGUAAGGACGAGGGCAAAGAGAAGAAUGUGGAUGAAGCAGCCAGCAGCACCACAGCUGCUUCUGCCUCCCUCAUGCCAACCAUCUGGGAUAAGACUAUUCCCUAUGACGGUGAGACCUUCCACCUUGAGUACAUGGAUCUGGAUGAAUUCCUCUUGGAAAAUGGCAUUCCGGAUGGCUCAAACCAGUUUGAACUGCAGGAAGAAUUGCAUGAUGGUCUCUUGCCAGUGGCGGAGCUGGAAGAGAGAGUAUCAUCUCCUACGUUGUCAUCUUCUGGAUCUCCAAUUCAUUCUAAAGUGGAGAGUGAUGCUCUCAUUCUAGAAACGGAUGGGAAGAAAUCCGAACGGAAUAUUCCAAAGUCUGACCUGGAAGAAGUUGAUGUUCUGGUGAAUUUUGAACCUGACCCUACUGACCUGGCACUCUCAAGUGUUCCAGGAGGAGAACUCUUUAAUCCGCGGAAGCACAAGUUCAGUGAUGAGGAACUCAAACCACAGCCGAUGAUUAAAAAAGCAAAAAAGAUCUAUGUAUCACCUGAUCAAAAGGACGAUCACUACUGGGCAAGACGCAAGAAGAACAACGUGGCAGCAAAACGUUCACGUGAUGCCCGGAGACUGAAGGAGAAUCAGAUCAUAGUGCGAGCAGCCUUCCUAGAGAAGGAAAACUCAGCCUUGAGGCUGGAGGUAGUUCAGCUGCGUAAGGAGGUGGCACGGUACAAGAGUAUCAUCUCCAAAUACCGACCUCAGUAAGAGACCCUCAGUUCUGGUGGGAGUGUGGGGUGUCAGAGUGGAGAAUGUUUGUUUGUUUGUUUUUUUUUAAACAAAAUUCUCUUUAAAGGGACAGUAACUUUCAAAAGAGCACAGCUAACUUCUUAGUCACUCCCUCACCUGAAGAAAAUCACAUUGAAUGGCUUUUAUUUUGAACAUCCAAAUAUAUUAAUGAAGUAUUGAUCCUCCUUUCUCCCAUCUUUAUAUUAUAAUUAAUAAAUCUCGCUACUAUUUAGAUGACUAUCUGGGUCAGCCUGUUCAAAACAGUAAUCACUUGCUGGGGAGAUUAGGGUUUGAUUUUUGGAGGAAUUAUGUUAAAUUGGCCUAGAGCUGGUGCCAUCAAAACUCAUCCUUUGGAAUACUGAACUGCUUCGUUCAUGUCAUUCAUGCUGUAGAAGCUUAGGCAAUGACCUCGUAAAUGCUCAUUAAAUGUUGGAAUAUGCCCUUUCAAAAGAGAAACUAAGAACACAGUAGGAAUCUGCCCGCUGCUCCUGCUGUGCCAUUCAGUAACAAUCCUGCCCUAUUCCCCCACUCCUAGUGUCCAGAAAUCUGCCUUGGACUGAUGUACUUCAGCUCAAUGGAAUCCUUUUACUUUAUCCUGGACUGUGGUGCCAGUUUACUUUCUUCCCUACACAGAUUGGGGUUUCCCCCAAUCUGUGUAAGAUGUGUAUGGAAUCAGCCAGCACCCUUACAGUUCUGAAGCUAGCAGAAGCAGUUCUGGACCAGGAGCUUUUCCACUGUAACAUAGAGAAGCGUAGGCACUUGCCUUCUGACUCUGGCACUUUGUCUUUUAUUCUAACGUACUUGCACUAUUAAUGGGCCUCAAAUCCCCACCAGCUGAAUGAAUGGUAGAGAAAUAUCUUCAGAAAGAUAAUUCUAGUACAAGUGUGGAAGCACAUUGAGAUCUUCACACCAGAGAGCUGAAUCAAUUGUCACAGCAGCAGACUCAUUGAAAGUUGUACAUCUUUUAAUUUUUAUUUUUCUCAUCAAGUUCUCACAUGGUGUUCAUUUUGCUCAUUUUAGAGGUGUGGGAUUUGAAGUGGAAAUUCUGCUCGUUAUAGUAUGCAACUAGCUGUGGCACAGAUCUUACCCUGUCCCUUUUUAUUUCAAGUGAUCCAUGAAACUUGGAAUAAUUCAACCAAGAUUUUUUUUCUUACCCUCUGAAAUGGACCGAGAAUCUGUUGAGGCAAAUGAUAUAAGCAAGGAGAAACUGAACUUUUAAUUUAAAAAAAGUUUUUGUAUUCUGUGUUGCUGGGUGAGGGAUGUGUUGUAUCAUUUAUACAUCCUUAUCCCUCUUUUCUUCCCUGCAUUCUAUUUCUAAACCUUUUCAGGUUGCGGAGCUGCUUUCAGUGUGGGUCACCUUUUUAAACUUGCUGAUACCACCUGGGGUCAACAUUUGCUGCUGCAAGCACAUUUUCAUUCUGUGCAUUAUUUUAAAAAUCAUUCCUUUCUGGUUGGAAUCCAAUGUGCUUCUUUCUACCCCUCUUUUAAAAAAAGCCAGUUAAAGCUUUACAAAGAUGAUGAUUGUGAUCAUGUAGAAUACAGAAAAAGCUUAGCCUUGCACAGAAUGAAAUCUCCUCCCUUGACCAUCAAAGGGAAGUAACCUUUCUCUUGGGCAUGCUGUUGCACUUGGCGGUGCACAGGCAGCAGGAAGUGUUCAGGAGCUGUACAAUUUUAAUUCUGUUUGAGAUAUUGGUUUUAAACUUUGGCUUUUUAUCUUAACAUUCGCAUUACCCAGCAUUGGGAUGGAGUAACUUUCCAAUGACACUCCUCUUUGUUAAAAAGAGAAAUUGUUCUAUUAUUGGUGUGACUAAUGGAUCUCCCUCAGCCUUGUGCACAGAAUCGUAACCUAAAUGAACCGUGGGCAGAGGGCAAGGGACAAUUGGAUCAGGGCACAAAGAUGUAAUACAUUUGCAAUUUUUAAAGUUGUAUAUUUUAUUGUAUUUCCAUUGUUCAGGUUGCAAUGGAAACAUGUAAAUGUGACAAGUAGGAAGUUAUAUUAAACUAAUGUUUAAAAUCUUGGAAUACUGCACAUUUCUGGUCUCCAUUUGAUAAUCAUAUAGAGGCAGUGAAGAAGGUGCAAGAAAUAAUUCUGCAGGAUAAUACUGGAAUUGACUUUAUAACUUACCCAGAAAGGCUGAAUAACUUUGUGCUGUUUUCUCUAAAAAGACCAGGUAGAGGAAAGCCUUUAAGAAUCAUGAAAGUAUUUGAUAGAGUUGCAUACAGCCUUUUCUGUUUAUGAAAUUCAAAGGGUGUCAUAAAUAUAAGAUGGCCACUAAUAAAUCCAACAGAGAAUUUGGAAGAGGAGAGUGGUUAGAAUGUGGGACUUGCUGCCAAGAGGGGUAGUUGGGUGAGAAGAAUAGAUGGCUUUAAGAAGAUGCUAGAUAAACUCAUGAGGGAGAAAGGGAUAGAAGGAUGUGCUUUUUUUUUUUUAGUAUUUAAUCAUGCAACUUGUUUUUCCAGGACAAAGUUCUGUCCUUAUUUCUGACAAGAUUUCUCCUCCACAUUCUUACCUUGCUCGCCUUUGUCACUUUUUGUUUGCCUUCUCAUUUUUGAUCAGUUUUCUACCAAACAGCAGCCACCUUUGAUUUACUCCAUUUGGAUUCCAACUGAAUUUCCAUCCUCACAUUUCACCUAGUUCGAUAUUCGAAGAUAUUAAUUCCUUAAAUCACUGCUUUCACCCACAUCCUGAGAUCCAAUCUUGAUGCUAUGUACUCCUACAUAGAUGUUCUUUCCCCUCUCUCUUCAGCAGCACUGGCUAACUCACAGCACUGUCCUCUGAUUUCAUCCUUCACCUCAUCUGACACUUCAAUGAGACUUCUUUACUUUUUACUUCUGAAGGAAUCCAAGCUUCAGCAGUAGUCCUUUGAGUCCCUAUUCCCUUCAAAUCUCACCUUUCACCAUAUUUCCAACAUCUACUCCACAGUAAACAGCACUGCCUCAACAUAGCAUCCUUCCAUUGCAACCCGACUUCUAUGAACGUAGAAUUCACUUUGGUAGAGUUUUUGUGGUUUCACUUUCCUGCCCACAUUGUUUGUUUGCCAAGAGCUCCCACUGCCUUUUAUGCUACAUAUUACUCCCAUCCCAUCCCCACCCCACAGGUCCUUUCUCUGGUCGUUGCAAUUCUUGUUUCACCUGGACACCUCCCUCUUCCCCUUGUCCUCCCUUCAUUGAAGACCACCGUGGUGACACCAACCAUCUCAAUUCCCUGCUCCUCUCUCGUAUUCUAACCUGUCUCCCGCUGAAACUGCAGCUUCUGUUCUCUCUGGUCCUGCCCUGAUUUUGUCAUUAAACCUGCUGACUAGGGUGGUGCGAUUGUUGUACAAAUCAACAUCAACCUUGCUGAAGCAAAACGUCAAUCCUGAGACUUCCCACUGCUCUGUGACCCCAUCUUUAAACAUCAAGCCAUUGUUUCCAGGAUUAUGACUGACCUAAUUUUCUCAGGAGAUCUUCCCUCCACAGCCUUCAACCUCCUGGUUUUCCCAAAUAACAAACUUCUACCUUCUUCUUAAGAUCUGCAAUCAGGCCUGUCGUAGUAAACCCAUAGUUUUAGUCUGUUGUCACCUGGUUUUUUUUUUUUUUUUUAUCAACUCUUCAUCUCCAAUCCAUCCUUUUCUCAUCUUCAUCCGUGACUCAUCUGAUGUCCUUGUCAAUUGUAAACAUUUCUCCAUUCUAACAUUCUCCUCUUCACCACGGAUGCCCAAUCUCUCCACACUUUAGUCCCGUGUCUAAGCUACAGUCUCGCUGCUUUUUCCUUCAUCGAUGGUCCAACCAGUCGUCUCUGCCUGGGUGAUUUUGUUCUUGAAUUGAAUAACUUCUCCAUUUACUGUACUCCCCUCUACUAUCCAGUAUUUCUAUGAGAAACUAUAAACGUCCUAAUUAGCCUGCCUCUUUGUAGAAUGUGUGAUAGAUAUGUGGAAAAGAAAUAUUAUUUGUUCCAGUCCCACCCACCUCGAGCACCCCAACCACCAUCAUAUGCAUCUGUCUUCUAGUACCUUGAUUAUAUCAGACCCAUCUCCUCCUGCUCCCAACUAAAAACUAUUUCAACUUUGCUACCAGUCUCUGCUUUCCCUUACCUUCAUGUGGUCCAUCUUUGACAUUUUUUUCCUUUCCAUUUCCUUUCCUUCCCUUCCUUCCUCAACAUGUCUCCAUUUCUGUGGGUUUAACUAUUGACUGCUAUUCACCAUAAACCCACUAACUCUCUCAGCAACUUUUGACCACACUUCCUCCCAUUCCACCUCACAUAGGAUUGUACACCAAUCUCCUGGUUUCCCAGUCUCUGUUGCACCUGUUCUAAUGACACCCAUAACUUCUCUAUUUACCAACCAAGCAUUUCCAUUUGUCAUAGUUGAUCGGGCUCUCAAGCAUGACCGUUCUGAUUCUGCACCAGUGUAUCUUAAGCCACUGCUCUAGGUCAAUAAGUUGGCAUCCAUUGGCGUCAUCAGUAUAGGUCUGGAACGAGAAAUUGGCACCUGCUUGGCUCACAGGUAUAUGUACGUUGCUGAAAUCAAUGUAUGUGUGAUGUUUGCUACCUCUCCGGCUGUACACUUGCCACUUUGCUUGGCAUACUGCUUACUGCCUCCUGUCACAUGCCCAGCUUCUCUCUGUCUCCAUUCCACUAGCUGUCCCACACCCCCACUAAAAGUGAGGAAGCAGGGUUGCAAGCAGGAUGGUUGCAGUGAGGGAUUCUUGUUCUGACUGCUCUCCUCAGCCUCCAGUACUGUUCUGAUGAAGUGGAGGUGCCAGUGUUGGACUGGGGCAGACAAGGUCAGAAAUCACACAACACCAGGUUAUAGUCCAGCAAAUAGAGGAAGCAGAACGGAAGUGAUCUGACAUAGGGUAGGAGGAGAGAGAUCAAAUGACAAAUAGGGAUGUUGGUGCAAAGUAAAAACAAAAUGGUAAUGGGACAGGUAAAGGAAGAUGAUGGUUCGGAGAUGAUGUACAUGCUGUCUGACAAAAUGAAAACAGUAAGAAUCAUGAGAAAUUGCUUAACUCCAUACUGAGUACAGAGGCUGCAAAGUGUCCAAGCAAAAUAUAGAAUGCUGUACCUUGAAUUUCAUUAGAACAAGGUCAGAAAUCACACGACACCAGGUUAUAGUCCAACAGGUUUAUUAGAAAUCACAAGUUUUCGGAGUCUCAGACUAACACAUGAAGAAGGACUGAGGCUCCGAAAGCUUUUUUAAAUAAACGUGUUGGACUAUAACAUGGUGUCGUGGAGUAUUGAGUUAAGCAAUUUCUCAUGAUUCUUACUGUUUUCAUUUUGUCAGACAGCAUGUACAUCAUCAUCUCCGAACCGUCAUCUUCCUUUACCUGUCCCAUUACCAUCUCGUUUUUGCUUUGCACCAACAUCCCUAUUUGUCAUUUGAUCUCCCUCCUCCUGCCCUAUCUCAGAUCACUUCCGUUCUGCUUCCUCUGUUUGCCAUUGCAUCUCUUACUCCUACCAGGUCUGUUGAAAGGUCAUCAUCCUGAAACAUGAAAUAUCUUUGUCUCUGUACAGCUACUGCCCGACCUGCUGAGUGUUUGUUUGUACUGUCUUGGAGGAUAUGCUGCUUGGGUGGGGAGAAGGCUUGAGUAGAGCAUAGCCAUUGGCAUAGGCCACUUGAGGUAAAUGGCUUACAUGCUGCACAUUAAAUUGCACUAGAAUGAAAAUGCCUUAGUGCAACCAAUUUUAUAUUCAAAGUUUUCAUAUUAAAUUCUUACAUCAUGUUUAUCGUAGAAAAGUUGAAUUGUGAGUGAAUAUGGAUGAUUUAAUACUGGUGAGAGACUUGAAGCUCAUAUUGGAAUGGCCAGAAAUCUAAUCAUAAAUUGAGUGUCUCAAUCCGAAUCGGAAGAGCUUGAAUUUUUUUUUAAAAGAAGCUUGUUUCUUUUUUGAAAGCUUUUGCAACUGUGAUCCCGAUUGAACCAACAUAAUUGUCUAGCCAUUACCUUAUGCUUGUGUAGGGUUGUAUUCUGUCUCUUGCUCAUGCUUUUGCUGUUUUGCUGUGGCUGUGUCUCUCCCUCUGUGUCCAUCUCUUCCUAUCUCUCCAGUCUUCCAGGGGUUGAUACUUAACCUCCAGCACAAUGCCAAGAGCAAAACCCUGGAGAAAAUUCGUAGGCUUAUUAGAAUAAAAUUGUUUUUGUUUUAUUUUAAAUGUACUUUAAAGUGGUGGAUGGCACGGUGCCUCACAACACCAGGGACCUGGGUUCAAUUCUACCCUCUGCAAACUCCACAGACAGUUGCCACGUUCUCCCUGUGUCUGCGUGGGUUUCCUCCCACAGUCCAAAGAUGUACAGGUUUGGUGGAUUUGCCAUGCUAAAUAACCCAUAGUGUCCAGGUGGGUUAGCCAUGGAGAUAUAUAGGGUUACAGGGAUAGAGUAAGGGGGUAGGGCCUGGGUAGGGUGCUCUUUGGAGGGUUGGUGUGGACUCGAUGGGCUGAAUGGCCUGCUUUCACACUGGGAGUUCUGUGCUGAUCUGUUGAUUGUGGUGGUGGGAAUGUUUUGUGGUCAAGGUUGAGUGGGAAGAUAGUGAUGGUGGUAAGGUUUGAAACAGAAUAUUUUCUGGUGAAGCCUUCAGGUAGGCAAUCCUGCUCACAGGGAGCCUUCAAAAACUUUGCCUUAGAGUUGAUGCCAUCACACCACAAAAGGAAUCCUGCCCAUACCCUUGGCUGCUUGGAUGACUAAAGGACAGUUGUCGGCUGUAGAGAAAGAGGGAGAUCUCCCAGAAAUGUAUCUAGAGCUGUAAAAUGCUGACUUUGCGCAAUUGCUCAGUGAGUACGCAGAAGAUGAAAGGUGGUCUUGUGUAUCAGGUGAGAGAUUCUUCCUGCCUCUAUAUCAGUAGUAUUGAGGUUGUCACGGUAUCAAUAAGUGUUGGGGGAGGGACGUCUGGACCAGUUGCUGACUCUAGUUGCCAUUGGUCACCAUAAACCUGGCGACGUGCGAAGCUGAUUAAGCCAUGUAUUUGUAUUUAAUGUUUUAAAAAGCACCAGUAGUCAUGCAUUGCUCUAUCCCUAGUUGAGGGUUUUUCUUUGCUCAACCUUUAACAGCUUGCUUGAAUGAAAUGCCAUGUGUUUAAGAAAACAUAUAUUGUGUAUGUGGAACCUGUGUUCUGGCACUGCCACUGCUUUGUAAUUAAAUUCUAAAUGCAUCUAUUAUAUAAAGCUUAAUUACAGAAAGCAUUUUAUUUCAGGGAUGUUGCAAAAUAGAAUCACCAUGGUUAUAAAAGCUAAGUACUGCGGAGACUGGAAACAAAGUGCUGAAGAAACUCAACCUCUCUGGCAGCAUCUGUGGAGAGGAACAAAGUGAAUGCUUCAAGUCCAGGAUGACAUCUUUGUAACACCUCAGUUCUGAAGAAGAGUCAUACUGGACUUGAAACAGCUCCUCUUCUUUCCACAGCUGCUGCCAGACGAGCAGAGUCUCUUCACUGUUUGUUUGUUACAAUCAACAUGGUUCUCUGUCUCUUUUUAGUUAUUCAAUGUUAAGAGCUAACGGAUGCUUAAAGAGUAUUAAUUUUUCAAUUUGUAUAGAUUAGUGAUGAGAAUGGGUUUCAAAUAUACUUUUUUCUCAGGUAACCUGAUUGAUUCAUUGGUUUAGCUGCAUCUCAGUCACAUAACUUGAGCUCUGGUGAUUGUGCGUUUUAGACAGAAGCCUACCCGUCUAGAGAGACAGGACGGUGCACAUAUAGCUACUGAUUCAGUUGAUAUGAACUAAGGAGCUACAGCUGGCCUCUGUAUCCUUUGGUUGAAGAAAGGAAAGAAUCAAACAGGUUGCCUCUACACUCUCCCUCGCCAAUGAACCCCACCAGAAAGUAUCACGUGGAUAUGGUAUCAGUUACAUGUGCUGCUGUCUAGAGUUUAAAAAAGAUAUUGUGGAAACAUAGAAGUUUCAGAAGGGGCUUGACAAGGUAGCUGAUCAGUGAUUAUUCCAGCUGGUUGAGGAACCUAAAACACAAGGGCUCAGGAUAAGGGGCUUAUCAUUUCAAACUGGAGAGGAGAAAUUACUGUACUCAGGGUUGUAAUUCUUUAGAAUUCUCUAUGCCAGACGGUUGGGAAUGCUCCAAUGUUGAAACUUUAAGGCUGGGAUAGACAGGAUUUUGGUGUCUCAGGGAUUCUAGGGAUUUGGGCAGUGGGCAGGGAAAUGUAGUUGAAGCCAAAGACGAUUGAGCCUGCUCCUCCAUCCAUUAUAAUGGAUGGAACAGUCAACUCCUCCAUCCUGGUUUGGUUGAGCUAUGGCUUUGAUGGUCUCCAAAGAGAGAGAAGUCUAUAAAUUAUUGAACUGUCAACUCAAAGGGAGCAAGCUCAGGAGAAGAAGAGAUUAAGGAGUUGUAUGUCUGAACAUAAGGAGUUGUAAGUUAGUAUAUUUGUGUAUCAGGGUUAUCAGUUUAUAGCUGAAGUUCACAAGAAAGCUCAAGCUGAACAUGGCCUUUCACAACAGAUGUCUGGUUCAAAAUGUUCUCUCCAGGUUCUUGUUACUGUUUGAUUGAGAGGCGGAUGGAGAGUUUGCCAAACAAGUCCUUGGCAGUUCACGUGGCAUUUUGGCUAGAGCAUGUCACUAGGUGAAUUGGUUACUGAAACUGACCUUUUCACCUUUGCUUUCUGGGUUCAAAUCUGCACCCUUCUCACUGGCCGAGAUAUUAAUUUGGUUCUUGAGUGGGUGUGUGUCACAGGCAUAGGCUGCCAGUGGAGUAAACAGUGAGUUAAUACUGAGGCAGAAUGCGACUAGACAUGAGCUUCCUCUUCAUCACGCUAACUUGCAAGCUUUUACUCCUGGACUUAAGAAAACAUUCCAUUUCAGACAACCAAUUCCCAGCACUUGUGUGAUUGAGCUUAAAAACACAAGGAUAAAGUUUGUAACAGUAUCCAAAUGCUGUGUUCCAAUUUGACAGUGGGAGAUUGGGGUGGCUGGCAAGGUUUUGUUAACUCUCACUGGCUGGCUGUGGUAGAUAGUAAGAGGCCCUACUCUUUCUGAUGUGGAGGGUUUGAUGAUGGGAGGGGUCCCUGAGGGAGAGGGUAGUUACUUUUUUAAUAAAACCAUGUCUUGGUUUUGAAAACUGUUGGAUCUAGUGCAUGAUGUGUAUAUUUUAAACCCUGUUAUCUCUGAAACAUUAUCUGUAUAAAAUGUACAUUCUUGCUGUUAUUAAAUGUGUAAAGUUUAAAAAGUCUAUUUUUGAUUCUGUUUGUUCUUUGUAGGACAAUAAAUGAUUUUAAAACCUCAA